CACGUGACCGGGAGGCGCCAGUGCAGGCAGGGGGUCGGUUACCCCGCCCCGAGAGCGGGCGAACAACGGGGCGGUGCCGGAAGGACCGGACUCCCCCGGUGACCCCGGCCUGGUGCCCUCCCCCAGCAAUGGGUGUGCAGCCCCCCAACUUCUCCUGGGUGCUCCCCGGCCGGUUGGCGGGGCUGGCGCUGCCUCGGCUGCCCGCGCACUACCAGUUCCUGCUGGACCUUGGAGUGCGACACCUGGUGUCCCUGACCGAGCGCGGGCCCCCGCACGCCGACAGCUGUCCGGGCCUCACUCUGCACCGACUGCGCAUCCCGGACUUCUGCUCGCCGGCCCCGGACCAGAUCGACCGCUUCGUGAAGAUAGUGGACGAGGCCAACGCCCGGGGAGAGGCUGUGGCAGUGCACUGUGCCCUGGGAUUCGGCCGCACCGGCACCAUGCUGGCCUGCUACCUGGUGAAGGAGCGAGGCCUGGCCGCAGGAGACGCCAUUGCUGAAAUUCGGCGCCUUCGACCCGGCUCCAUUGAGACCUAUGAGCAGGAGAAAGCAGUCUUCCAGUUCUACCAACGAACUAAAUAAGGAGCCUCAGCAGCCUCUGCCAGGCCCCCACUCCCCUGCGUGCAUGGACUCAAGGGAAGUGGACUCAAGCUUUAAGCUCUCCAGCUCCCACUGGCUUCCGCUGAACUUGCAGAGUCUGAGGGAUCUGUCUCUUUCUUCUAUCACCUCGUACAACUUUUGGCACAUGGAUGCUCAAUUAAACACAAAGUAACUGAUGUGCUGUCACAUACCUGGUUGUCUUCAGGAAAAUGAAAAAAAAAGGUGAACAAGUAGAGUUGGACAUCGGACACCAUGCCACAGUGAACGUGACCAUGGAAGCCACAUCUGCCGGUCCAGAUCCACCUCCCAGACCACGCUAAGGAAAUGUGCAAGGCGGGGAUGUGGAUCGCUGCUGCACACGCGUGGGGAAAGGGUGUGAAAUAAGGAAGAAUGAAUGUGACUGUGGUAGACUGAGGAAGCGUGUCCAAGGAAAGCCGAGUGAGAAAAGAGGACGCUCCGCCUUAGCAAAGCUGAAAGGACACCCUAGCAUGCGGAACUCAUGGAGACAAGGAUGGAGCUGUCAUAGAGAAGAAGUUUUAUGAAAAGUUCAUCGGGGGAAAGAUGGAUGAAGUGAUGGAUCGAGGGAAGAAGGGUAGAUGGGUGGUUGAAUGGCCUCAUCGAGGCCCAUAUGAAGAGUCCCUGCUGAGGGCAGUUGUUGCCCCUGUAACCACAAGAGGUCGCUGUAGACCUGACACAAGUUACUCUCCAAUCGCUUUCUAGAAGGAAAGGAAAGGGCAGGGAAGAGAAUGAGGGCGAUAGCCAGGUGCUUCACAAGGACUCCUGCCCCUGCCGGCCAGGCCCAGAACUACCUUCCCCGUCUAGCUCCAUCUUCACGGUACUGCUGGUCUUUCAGCUCCUGUCCUAAACGCUAGGUUUUUGGUACGCUUUUGCAAUUUGUUCUGUCCUUUGAACUAAACUCAUCAAUGGUCUCAGGGCUUUCCUUGGAUCUCUACUUCCUGCAAGCGAUGUGGCCCCAAGCCCAGCAGGCUGUACGCUGAGUGCCUCUUCUACAGGAACAACUUCUCCCACCCAAGUUCAGACCGGGAGGCAGCUUCCCAGCUCCCAGGGCAGUGGCUUAGCUUUUCUCAAGCACUUCCUCCUGGCCUGGCAAGACUCCAGGCCUGUGAGAACCAAGGCAGUCUCUGGGCCAUGUAGUGCAAUUAAUUAAUCUAAAUUAAUUAAAACAAAAGUAAUCGAAACUGCAGUUCCUCAUUCUUGCUAGCCAAUGUCAAGGGCUCAGGAGCCACAGCAGCCAGGAGGAGUUACUUGAGUGGGUGCUCCGAGAAUGUUUCUGUCAUUGUGGAGAGUUCCAGAAGACAGCGCUGCCUACAGUGCUGUGUUUUUAUCUCAUUUAACCUUGUUCACAACCCUAUCGUGCAGGUAAAUAAUUUAUCCUUUUUGUUGUUGCUGUUAUUUUUAUUUAAAAAAAUAAAAACGAUGAUACAGAGUUUCAAAACAAAAUAACAGGAGAUUAAUACUGGUUAAUAUAUUGCACAUUGUUAUCUUCAAAGUAGUUGUUCAGAUUACAAAAUAUAGGCAUGAAAAGAAUGAUCAAACAAACAAUGAAAGCACAAACUGUUCUUUUUGAUGAAAUAUGAAAUAUACAUAUGAAAACAUAUACAGACAUAUAAUCUUUUUUUUUUUUUUUUUUUUUUUUUUUUUUUUUUUUGGUACUGAGGAUUGAACUCACAACCUCAUGCUUGCCAGGUAGAUAUUAUUGCCACUGAGCUAAAUCCCCAGCCCAGACAUAUAAUCUUUUAGGGCUCUGGAGCAUAGAAAGUUUUAAAAACCUAGCUAAGUACCCUAAUCAGAUUACUAUUUAGAGUGAGGAUUCAAGCCCAGGAAGUUGGCCCAUCCUGCUGCCUCGAUGCCCAGAACUUUUCCUUAUCCAGCUGUCCUGUGCUUCCCUUACCUGAGCAUUGAGCUGACCCUUCUCAUUCCUCAAUAGCCCCUGAUCCUGAUAGCUGCUGCCUUAACAGGGACCCUGAGUAAUGAGGUCACCUGGGGGCUUCAAGCCUCUUCCAAGUGAAGAUCCCUACUCUAUCAUCAUCCCACCUCCUCAACAGCCCCUUGAUUCCCUAUUUUUGUUCCUUUGCUAAUCCAUUUCAGUCUCAGCUAAGUGUCGGCAUGGGUCCCAGAAGAUUCUUAACCUGCUGCCCAGGUCACUUCAUCCUCAAGGGAACAGUGUGAAGCGAGGUCAGCUCCAACAGCCUUUCACUCACCUCUGAAGCCACAUAGGCAUCACAUCUUGCAGGGGAAGAGGGUGAUGUCUCACCGCCGUUCACACUCUCAGCUGCCAGAACCCAGUGACAUCAAUACUGCCAGAGCAGGAGUUUCAGAAGCUGUGUGUGCAAACCAGCAGAGGUGUCUGCAAGCUAGGCCAUUUGUGGUUGCCUUCCUCUGUCUUUUGCCUCAGCUGCAGCUAGCAGAGCCUCAACCUCACCCCCUGGACCUGUGACUUCACAAAACUGGAGGCAUCUCAAAUCGGGGUGUCCGUUGGCAGGAAAAUAUAGAGAUGUCAAGGUAAGUAGAAAAGAUAUCUUAUUCCCGAGAUAGUUAGGAUGCUGUGGUAAGACAAAAGAGACAACAAAAUAAACCCCUGGCCUCAGUAAACUAGUACCUUUUGUAACACAGUGUGUUUCUCUUCUGUUGUCAUCUUUUCAACAGUUCCAUCAUGAGACCCUGAUAAAACCACCAAAGCAGAAAGCUUACACGAAAUGAGGGAAUUGUUACUGAGCAAAACCCUAAACAAACUCUCUAGCUUCACUGGUUCUUACCAGACUUAAAGAUCACUAAUUUUGGAAGUUAGUUUCAUACUAGCUUUCCUGUGUAGUUAACACCUCUGACAUAUUAUGAUCAUAGUUAUCUGGGUUACUUCUCAUGAACCUGAAGGAUGUUUCUGUUGAGAACACGAACUUCUGUCUUGGGCCCACGGACAUCUCAUAGGUGACUAACGUGGAUACACACCUGGGCGUCUCCAUUUUCGUAGUGUGUUUAUUCCCUUUGCUGUCUUAAUCUUUGGAUGUAAUUUUAUACACAGUUUCACAUGUAGAUUACCCAAUUGGAUUUGCAUGCAUUUUCUUUUUCUUUCUCCUUUUUCUCUUUUCCUGAGUCCCAUCUUUGUGCUUCAUUAAUAGCAAUAGCCACUCAAGCACGUGAAUUCCUUUCAACCCUAUCAUAAGGCUCGAACUGAACCUCAAGGCCGGGAUGCCUUGUGCAGGAUGAUGGUGCCAACUGCACAAAGAUUCAACAGCCUGUAGGACAAGGUGAGCAUGACCACCUGGUGGCCCAAGUCUUGUACAAGACAAACUGUCUUUUGGAAUCAUGUGCUUGACCAAAGGAAACUUAUUGGACUUUAGCCCGUCUCAGUAAAUCAAUAAAAGUUGCUGCUCUCUUUGUUUGGCAAA